CAACACCCCAUUUGCCUUCCCCUCCCACCUCCUCCUCCUCUCUGCUUUAAUUUUCUCCGAGUUCUCCGAACUCAGGCUUCAGUCCUGGCCUUCCGGGUUUGAGGGCCCUGGGACCGGGCUGUGAUCCCCGCCCCAGUCUCAACCCUCAACUCCCCUACCCAACGCCCGGGAUCCACUUGGGACCUCGGGUCCGAUAGGUCCCGGCUCAUCCUGGGACUGUGUCACUGCCACAGUCGUCUAGCCGCCCAGGCCUGAGCCCUGAUGGGGGAGUGAGAGGCCCCAGCUGGCCGGACAUGGGCCUCCCCACCGUGCCUGGCCUGCUGCUGCCCCUGGUGCUCUGGGCUCUGCUGGUGGAUGUGUACCCCGCAGGGGUUCAUGGACUGGUCCCUCACCCCACGGACCGGGAGAAGAGAGAGAGUUUGUGUCCCCAGGGAAAAUACAGCCACCCUCAAAAUAGUUCCAUUUGCUGCACAAAGUGCCACAAAGGCACCUACCUGUACAACGACUGUCCGGACGUGGGGCGGGACACGGACUGCAGGGAGUGUCCCAACGGCACCUACACUGCUUUAGAGAACCAUCUCAGACAAUGUCUGAGCUGCUCCAAGUGCCGGAAGGAGAUGGCCCAGGUGGAGAUUAUUCCUUGUGCAGUGGACCGGGACACUGUGUGCGGCUGCAGGAAGAACCAGUACCGGCAAUAUUGGAGUGAGACGCAUUUCCGGUGCCUGGACUGCAGCCACUGCCCCAACGGCACGGUGCAUCUCUUCUGCCAGGAGAGACAGGACACUGUCUGCAACUGCCACUUGGGGUUCUUUCUAAGAGAUAACAAGUGUGUCUCCUGUGCUAAGUGUAAGAGCCUAGAGUGUGAGAAGUUAUGUCCAAUCGUAUCUGAAACUCGGAAAUCUCAGGACCCAGUCAGCUUGUCUCCAGGCACCAUCGUGCUGUUGUCCCUGGUGAUCGUCUUCGGUCUUUGCCUGGCAUCCUUCCUCUUCAUUGGCUUAGUGUGCCGCUACCGACGGUGGAAGCCCAAGCUCUACUCCAUUAUUUGUGGGAAAUCGACACCUGUAGAGGAGGGGGAGCCGGAGCCCCUGGCCCUGAGCCCAAGCUUCAGUCCCCCCACGGGCUCCAGUCCCGUCCCAGACUUCAGUUCCGCCUCUAGUCCCACCUUCACCCACUGUGACUGGUCCAACUUCAGAGUUGCAUCACCCUUCAGAGAGGUGGCCCCGCCCCAUCUGGGGGCUGGCGCCAUUCUCUCCCUCCCUGCGCCUCCAGCCUCCACUCCCGUCCCCACUCCUGUUCAGCAGUGGGAGGCCGGCGCCCACAGCGCCCACAGCGCCCCGGCUCAGCUCGCAGACUCACAGAGUAAGAUGAACUGUCCCAAGACAGGGGAGGCACAGAACCAUGCGGCCUCCUGCCGGGAGCUGUGUUCUUUUGUAAAUACACUAAAACUCUCCAGUUAA